UUCUUUUGAUAUAUAAAAGUACAAAGGUAUCCAGCCUCCGAUCAGUCCGGUUCCUGUGAACGAUGAUCUCUCCCUCCUACCUCCUCUCGCUUUCGAGGCCUAGUGCUUUGCCCAGCAAUCUUACUUUACUCUCUGGGGGUGAGAAGAGAUCGAGGAUAUGUUUUUAUAAAGCUGGGAGAUUGAAAUCCUCAAGAUUCAGGCCUACAUGUUGUUCUUCGGGCAGAAACUCCCUGUCUUUUGAUGAGAACUCAUCCAGCUUUUGCAUUAUAGAAGGGCCAGAGACUGUUGAGGACUUUGUUCAGAUGCAGCUACAAGAAAUUGAUGACAACAUAAGAAGUCGGCGCAAUAAAAUUUUCCUUCUCAUGGAAGAGGUGAGGAGAUUGCGCAUACAACAACGAAUAAGAAGUGCAAAGUUCAAUAAUGAGAGCAGUGAUGAGAAUGAGAUGCCUGACAUGCCAUCGACCAUUCCAUUUCUUGCUAAUAUGACGCCAAAGACUAUGAAGCAGUUACAUUUGACAUCUUUCCUCAUGGUAUCGGGCAUAAUAAUGUUUGGAGGUCUUCUUGCACCCAUUCUGGAGCUUAAAUUAGGGCUUGGUGGCACUUCCUAUGAAGAUUUUAUACAGAGCAUGCAUCUUCCUUUGCAAUUAAGGUAAUGUGCCCAACAUGCCUUUGCACUGGGAUGGCGAUGGCAAGUGAACAUGAUCCACGAAUUGAUCCAUUUGAUUAAGUCUUAAUGGCUUGUCUGGGGACGAAGCUUGCAGCUCUACUUGAAUGGAAUGUUUCUCAUCGGAAAAGUUAGUGGUUAGUGAAAGAUUUCCAGUAUCUGUGAUAUAAAAUAUUAGUUACUGCUAUUUAGAUUAUCUCCCAGUCGUGUGUCCGCUAAAUAUGUAUAUGGUGAUCGUAUUACAGAAAAAUAUGCAAGUUACAUUAAUAAAUUUACAAAGGAGCAGUUUUUUUAAGCACCAAAA